CCAGACGUGGGGCCCAGGAGGGCGAGCGGAGGCGACCGCACCGGGCGCGCAGCGGCGGCGGGUCAGCGGGCGGCCAAUAGCCAGGGCGCGGCCCGCCCCGUCGCCUCCCCUCGGGGAGCCUAUAAGGCCACCGCAGCGCCCCGGGCGCCUGCUGCUCCGCGCCUCAGCCGACGACCUGACUCUGCUGCGUUACGCGCAGCUCACGCUGCCGGCCCCGCGCCUUGCCCACCCGCUCCCGCCCGCAAUCGCUAGCCCAGGGCGGACCCGGGUCUCUGCGCUCUCGCGAGAAGUGCAGCGCUGCGGGGCCGUGGGCGCCUGAGCCCGCGCGGCCCUCGAGGGCCGAACAUGGGGGUGCGCACGGUGAAGCCUCAGCUGCUGCUCCUGGCGCUCGUCCUCCACCUCUGGAAUCCCUAUCUGGGUGCAGACUCGGAGAAGCCCUCGAGCAUCCCCACAGAUAAAUUAUUAGUCAUAACUGUAGCAACAAAAGAAAGUGAUGGAUUCCAUCGAUUUAUGCAGUCAGCCAAAUAUUUCAAUUAUACUGUGAAGGUCCUUGGUCAAGGAGAAGAAUGGAGAGGUGGUGAUGGAAUUAAUAGUAUUGGAGGGGGCCAGAAAGUGAGAUUAAUGAAAGAAGUCAUGGAACACUAUGCUGAUCAAGAUGAUCUGGUUGUCAUGUUUACUGAAUGCUUUGAUGUCAUAUUUGCUGGUGGUCCAGAAGAAGUUCUAAAAAAAUUCCAAAAGGCAAACCACAAAGUGGUCUUUGCAGCAGAUGGAAUUCUGUGGCCAGAUAAAAGACUAGCAGACAGAUAUCCUGUUGUGCACAUUGGGAAACGCUAUCUGAAUUCAGGAGGAUUUAUUGGCUAUGCUCCAUAUAUCAACCGUAUAGUUCAACAAUGGAAUCUCCAGGAUAAUGAUGAUGAUCAACUCUUUUACACGAAAAUUUACAUUGAUCCACUGAAAAGGGAAGCUAUUAACAUCACAUUGGAUCACAAAUGCAAAAUUUUCCAGACCUUAAAUGGAGCUGUAGAUGAAGUUGUUUUAAAAUUUGAAAAUGGCAAAGCCAGAGCUAAGAAUACAUUUUAUGAGACAUUACCAGUAGCAAUUAAUGGAAAUGGACCCACCAAAAUUCUCCUGAAUUAUUUUGGAAACUAUGUACCCAAUUCAUGGACACAGGAUAAUGGCUGCACUCUUUGUGAAUUGGAUACGAUCGACUUGUCUGCAGUAGAUGUCCAUCCAAACGUAACAAUAGGUGUUUUUAUUGAGCAACCAACACCUUUUCUACCUCGGUUUCUGGACAUAUUGUUGACACUGGAUUACCCAAAAGAAGCACUUAAACUUUUUAUUCAUAACAAAGAAGUUUAUCAUGAAAAGGACAUCAAGGUAUUUUUUGAUAAAGCUAAGCAUGAAAUCAAAACUAUAAAAAUAGUAGGACCAGAAGAAAAUCUAAGUCAAGCAGAAGCCAGAAACAUGGGAAUGGACUUUUGCCGUCAGGAUGAAAAGUGUGAUUAUUACUUUAGUGUGGAUGCAGAUGUUGUUUUGACAAAUCCAAGGACUUUAAAAAUUUUGAUUGAACAAAACAGAAAGAUCAUUGCUCCUCUUGUAACUCGUCAUGGAAAGCUGUGGUCCAAUUUCUGGGGAGCAUUGAGUCCUGAUGGAUACUAUGCACGAUCUGAAGAUUAUGUGGAUAUUGUUCAAGGGAAUAGAGUAGGAGUAUGGAAUGUACCAUACAUGGCUAAUGUGUACUUAAUUAAAGGAAAAACACUCCGAUUAGAGAUGAAUGAAAGGAAUUAUUUUGUUCGUGAUAAACUGGAUCCUGAUAUGGCUCUUUGCCGAAAUGCUAGAGAAAUGACUUUACAAAGGGAAAAAGACUCCCCUACUCCGGAAACAUUCCAAAUGCUCAGCCCCCCAAAGGGUGUGUUUAUGUACAUUUCUAAUAGACAUGAAUUUGGAAGGCUAUUAUCCACUGCUAAUUACAAUACUUCUCAUUAUAACAAUGACCUCUGGCAGAUUUUUGAAAAUCCUGUGGACUGGAAGGAAAAGUAUAUAAACCGUGAUUAUUCAAAGAUUUUCACUGAAAAUAUAGUUGAACAGCCCUGUCCAGAUGUCUUUUGGUUCCCCAUAUUUUCUGAAAAAGCCUGUGAUGAAUUGGUAGAAGAAAUGGAACAUUACGGCAAAUGGUCUGGGGGAAAACAUCAUGAUAGCCGUAUAUCUGGUGGUUAUGAAAAUGUCCCAACUGAUGAUAUCCACAUGAAGCAAGUUGAUCUGGAGAAUGUAUGGCUUCAUUUUAUCCGGGAGUUCAUUGCACCAGUUACACUGAAGGUCUUUGCAGGCUACUAUACGAAGGGAUUUGCACUACUGAAUUUUGUAGUAAAAUAUUCCCCUGAAAGACAGCGUUCUCUUCGUCCUCAUCAUGAUGCUUCUACAUUUACCAUAAACAUUGCGCUUAAUAAUGUGGGAGAAGACUUUCAGGGAGGUGGUUGCAAAUUUCUAAGAUACAAUUGUUCUAUUGAAUCACCACGAAAAGGCUGGAGCUUCAUGCAUCCUGGGAGACUCACACAUUUGCAUGAAGGACUUCCUGUUAAAAAUGGAACAAGAUACAUUGCAGUGUCUUUUAUAGAUCCCUAAGUUAUUUACUUUUCAUUGAACUGAAAUUUCUUUUGGACGAAUGACUGGCAUGAACACAUCUUUGAAGUUGUGUCUGAGAAUAUGAGAGGAAUAUUUAAAUAGCGUCAACAGAACAACUUCACUUUGGGCCAAACAUUUGAAAAACUUUUUAUAAAAAUUGUUUGAUAUUUCUUAAUGUCUGCUCUGAGCCUUAAAACACAGGUUGAAGAAGAAAAGAAAGAAAAAACUUAAAUAUUUAUUUGUAUGCUUUGUUGCCUCUGAGAAUAAUGACAAUUUAUGAAUUUGUGUUUCAAGUUGAUAAAAUAUUUAGGUACAAAU